UUUUAUCAGCAUUUUAAUUUUUUUUGCUUUUAUUUCGGCCGGUCCAUGUAAGAGGAGAUUUCUGAUAAUCAAAAUAAAUCUGGUACUUGAGUUUCCGGAGAGAGGCGCGAAAAAUGAUACAUAAGUACUUGGGUUGCUGAGAGCGGAAAAUUACUUGAUUCAUCCCCUGGUUAAAUCACUAAGAGGUAUACGCACAUGGGCCAGUAACAAAAAUAGCGCUAGGUACUUCAAACUGAAUUGAAACAAACACCACUGAUAUUUCAUCGACAUCCAGUCGAGAAGGAAGGUCAAGUUUUUGACACGAAAGGUAUAUUACGAAAGGUACAUUCCCUCAUAUAAAAGUUCUCCACUCGUAAAAUUCCCAUCGAAAUCUUCACAAAGCGUAGGCACUUCUUAAAGCGGCUUGGUCGGUCACGCGUUAACAAAGUAAUCAUGUGUUUCUUGGCAGCUACUUCAGUACUUUAAACUGUUUAAAACAGGCUGUCCAUUGACAUCGACCGAAUGUUUUGUUUUGCCAUGUGCAAAGCUGGUCUCAGCGUGUGAAGUGCUACACUGAUUUCUGCCGUGAUAUACAGGUUUGAGCACAGUUUGUCGUUCAGAUCUUCCGGCGAUUCUUUCAGAGAAGAAAUAGUUCUGCUUCCGUACGUUCGGUAGGAUAUCCUUGGACACUACGCGAAAACUGACACUCCUAUCCCUACGCGACGAAAAGAAUCCUAGAAUUCCAAUAGAAAGAAUUGGGAGACUUCGGUGAAUCCAUGUUUAAAACGUGAGGGUAGAAGAAGGACGAAAGCGAACUACGAACCGCCAUAAUUAUGGGAGACAACGCGGACAGCGAAGGCAACUUGAUUCACUUGAUAUUAAACGAUUUAAAGUCGAGCGCCCCCGUUUGGGAGGAUUUCGUCGGCAAAGCGAGUAAACUACAUUCAGCGCUUAAGGCAACAGUUGUAGCUGCUGACGUUUUUUUAGACGCUUUUCAGCGAGUUGCGGAUUUAGCGAAUUCGUCACGAGGAUGCUGCAAAGACAUUGGUGGCUCUCUCACUAAGAUGGUGAUUAGACAUCGCAGUGUGGAUGGUAAACUUAAAGGACUUGCUGGAUUGCUAUGUGAGUCACUGAUAUUUCCCCUGCAAGAGAGGUUGGAUGAUUGGAAAAAGUCUGUUGUGCAGAUGGACAAAGAUCAUGCCAAAGAAUAUAAGAAAGCCAAACAGGAACUAAAAAAGGCCACUGCAGAGACAAGUAAAUGGCAAAAGAAGGUUAAAAAAGGUGAGUUAGGAAAAUCUGAGCACCAAGAAAAAUUGGAUGCUGCAGUGAAGCAAGCAAGUUAUCAACAAGGUUUGUUUGAAGAGCAGGAGAAGCGAUUCCUUCAGAGAGUGUUGGUUGAGGAAAGGAGCAGAUACUGCAUGUUAUCGACUUGUUUUAGGCCAGUUUUGGAGCACGAGAUGUCCAUGUUGGGAGAACUAGAGCAUCUUCAGUCUGUGCUGGAGGACAUCGUUAAGCAGACAAAAAAUCCCUCCGAUCUGCCGCUAGCAGGAGAGGAUCUGGUGCGAGAAUUCAGACUGUCAGAUCAUCAUAACUACGAUGACCAGUCUCCUCCGCCGAGCCCAACGACAACUCUGACGAGGGCAACAAGUCCGCUGCAUACCGGCCGGGACCCGCCUACCACUCCGCCUCCACCUCCUCCCUCGGAAACGGAUCCCUACUUCAACGCAUUCAGCCGGCAUUAUUCCUUCUCUGUCAAACACACUCAAACGCGGAAUAAGGUCUUAGGAUCGGUGACACCCACCACCUCUCCCAAGAAAGUCGCGCCCCCGCGGAUCUGCGCACGCUCUACUAGUUUUAGUGUUUCUUCCACCUCCUCGCACUCUUCAAUGUCAUCUUUAGGUUCGUCUAUUGGGUCGCCGUCCAUAGAGAGCUUCCCUCAGCCGCCAACUCCACUGCUAUCGCCCGGUUACUCGGGAGACUUACAGAGCGAACCAUUACCCCCUCCUCCCUUCCCUGGAGCAGUGCCCACCUUACCCCACCCAGGCGACAGAACAUCGUGGACAACAUCUACGGACUCUGGUUGCUAUUCGUCUUCCUCAGGGGAGAGGUCACCUUCUGCCUCGCUUGCACAGGUAUACCUUCCCUCCUCGAUCGCAGAACACCCGAGGUCCCACGAUCCUUCGGGAAGGAAUAUCCAAGGUCCUCAGUAUGCCACGCCUUACGCUGUCAGUAGCACUCGAUCACGGUGUAUGAGUGAAUCGGCUUCCGCCAUGUCGCCUUACUACCAAGGAAUGGCGAAUCGACGUAGCGACAGUGAGACGUCCUCGCAAAGUAGCUAUUCAGGUAAUGGCGAGGUGCCGGCUGGCGGAAUGAACAGCAGUGAUUCUGGAUAUUUCAGUUAUGGAGGGCAUCACCAUCGUUCAAAUCCUGAAAGUAUACAAGAAAAUUCGAGCGGGUGGGCACCACAGCAGAAAGCGAAAUCCAUGUACCAUCGGAGUCAGAGUGUAUCAGGGCGACCGACUGCUGCUCAGCAGGCGCAUAUGGCAGCUCUGGCAAGUCAUGCUGCGCGGAGUAGAAGUGCGCCAAUGCCUCCCGCGAGGAAAUCAUCCGUUCCACCGCCGUGCCCGGAGAGAAGGACCGGACUUUCUGAUAGUGAACUGAACAGGGAGGGUCAGGAACCAAGUGAAGGCGCCCACUCGGAUGAAGAAGGGCUAAGCAUGCUACAGAAACAAAUUCGGCGUCAAAAAAAGUUAAUUGAGGCCAAGGCAAAAGACAAAGGCGAGCAGUCUUGAUAUUUAUAAAGCUGUUAGAGGUACUAACUGAGUCUGAAAAAAAUUACUCUGGCGUGUCAUAAUUUGAAACAAGGAUCAAGUUGAUGAACUCGUCGUGUCAAUUUUGGGUUCUGUCCUGGUGUACCGGUUCACAAGGGAAUCACCAUUGUUCUUUCUUUGUUUAGGAGUUAUUGGUUAGCUAUUGUGUAUUGUUUGGUCUUUUGUAUUGGCUCUUGUGAACCGGUACACGAGGACAGAACCCAAUUUUGUAAUUGAAAGGUGAUAUUCACUUCGCUGUGGAAACAAUUGAAAUGGGUUGGUGAAAAGACAAUCGUAUAAUUACCGUAUUUACGACAGCGUGUAUGCUGUCAAUAUGGUGCCAUAAAACGGUUUUAGAGGACGGAGGAGAGUAUGUAUGAGCGGUUCAGGCUAUGAUCAAACCGCGUGAUCAGAAAAAAGGUUUACUUUAAUGAUAAAUUGUUGUUAUGGCUAUAAAUUGUCAUGGAAAGGUUUUAUAAUAUUUAAGGAUGUGCGACGCGUUUUGAAAUGUUAUCGUGUCAAUAGUUUGCAUGUUUCCAUUAAUAGAGCUGUAAAGCUUUUGUAAUGAAAUGAAUGCUGCGCUAAAGUUCUGAGAUUUAUAAUAUAUAUAUAUAUAUAUACCAAGGGCUGUAGGUAGAAAUUUAACCAGCGGCGCUAAUAUCAGAGCUCAAAAAAAGUAGUCUUCAUCCUGUAUUUAAAAUAAUGAUAGGAGUGCGGUCGCUUGAUUUACAGUAUUACUUUUUACGAGCUCUGUUGGUGUAAGAGUUUUCAGUAAGUUCAGAGUGGGUUUUCAAAUACCUCUCUUAAGUGUCAGUAGAUAAGUAAAUUUGAAAGAUUUUUUAUUUGCCUGAUCUUAAUUUAAAGUCAGUUUGAUCAGUGCCUAUGGAAAUGAGAAUGUUAUGUUCAGACGGCUGGCGCUAUUUGUUCAGAACAUAAAGCUACUAAGAGAGGACGAGAACCGUAUUCAACGCUGUCCUGCAAGUCAGCGGCAGUGAUGAAAGCGCUGGCGCCUUCCAAUGUUGACAGGUCUCGCCCAGUUUGUUGCUAGUGAUUUUCAUGGAUCACUUUGUCAUUUUUUUUUUUUUUGUUUACAUGAUUUGGGGCAUCAAAAAUUCGAAAAGAUAGUUAUUGUCCCUUUUGUUAUGGAGAUGUACUCUUUUCCUUGAGGUUUCACUUAAAACGCACUUCACAGAUUGAAGUGGCACGUGCUGUAAAUAUGCAAAGAUAGGAGUUUAUAUGCCAUGUUGGAAUAGUUUGCCGCUGUACAAGGGUCAUGUUGCGCUCCGUGAUUCUUCUCUUUUAUAGUUUGUCUUUUAGAAAUCGAGAUGAUUUUUACCAUUUUCGAACCUCUCCUUUCUUCUCUAGUUAAGUCGUGGGUUUUUUUUUUUUUUAUGAUUGGUUGCACAAGUACACCAACAUUUCCCGAUUCCUCCCCUUAGGUUAUCAGCUUAACGUAGCCCUCUUAUAUUCAGGAUUGAUCACAUUUUUGUUUAGAUAUUGUCCUUGAUUAAAUUAAGUUACUUCAACUAAUUGUGAAGGGGUAGUCCUGAACUGUGUGGUUCUCAAAGUCGUUUUGUAACUGUACUUGAUUACCGACUUUCUCUUCCUGUAAUCCUUUACAAACAAUUUAUAUUGAGUUGAACUUACUGCUCUUGUUAAAAAAUAGGGAUAGCAAACAUAUUGACGUCCAUUGUGCCUUGAAGUCUUGGAGUUAGACCAAGUAAUACCAAUAAAAUAUGGAUGUCCAGUUUA